CUGCCCCGGCAGGCGUCAGCCGGCCCCGCCCGUCUCGGCCACUCGACACCUCCGGAUUCGUCGCCCUUCCCCGCCCAGGCCGGCGCCGCUCGUCCCCGGCGGACGUCGAGGACCGUCCCCGUUGGCCCGUUCCUCCCCGCCCAAGCUGUCGGCGCUCGUCCCCGCCGGCGUUCCCCAUCCGUCCUCGCCCGGCGCUGGCCGUCGACACCCGCCGACGCCCGAGUUCCCGCGGCUGCGAUCCUAGGCAAGCACCAGAAUGGAUUCGGGACAGGAGGUCGAGGAUGAGUGGUUCGGCGGCGACUACGACGGCACUGCUGCGACGAAUGACGGCCUUGAUUUCUUCAAUCAGGCCCCAGCUUCCACACGGCCCCUUUGCACUUCGGCGGUCAUCGCAGCUUUUCUCGUCACGGAGCAGCUGCCGUGCAGGGCCUGGACCUCAACUCACAGGCCAUGGACAUCACCGACAACGUGGUCGUGUCGCGCCGAGUUGUCCUCCUGCUGCCACUUCAUCAUGCCAAUUCCGACCACCUCAUCCGGCUGGAGGUCAAAGCAAUACGGGAGUCGCAACUCAUGGUGUCGCCGACGCCACCUUCGAUGGUGGCUUUCACGAUCCUGCCGAAUUCAAUUGGAGCCAGGACCCCUACGACGAAGACGACGACGAUGUUCAGGAGAUCGAAGAAACGAGGGAUGAUCUAUUUGACAAAGCUGACUGGAGCAACAACGCCAAUAAUGCUGCAUUUUUGUGAGCUUUGCGUUGAGGAAAUUAGAGCAGGGAACACAAACAAUGGACACUUGACCAACAGGGGUUACACCAACAUAGCUGCAAACUUUGAAGAGCAGACAGGGCUACAUCACUCUAAACGACAGUUUAAGAACAGAUGGGAUGCCCUUAGGCGCAUGUAUACCUUUUGGUUGUGGCUGAACAAACAAAGUGGACUUGGACGGAGUGGGGGCACGGUUGUGGCAGAUGAUGCUUGGUGGAAAAAGCACACUAAGGGUCAUAUGGAUUAAGGUCAACAAAUAAGAUGAGUUCCAUUGAGUCAUUAGCUAUGUUUCUGUGGGUCAUUGGAGCACCACAAUCAAUUAGACAGGCUGAAAAUCAGUUUGAGAGGUCAACCGAGACAGUCAGUAGGAAAUUUCAAUAAUGCUUGGAUAGUGUGUUUAGACUCUCUGAUGAUAUUGUGAAACCAAGAGAUCCUCAAUUUCGAACAGUGCAUCCUAGACUGUAGAGUUCUCGUUUCUCUCCACACUUUGAUAAUUGCAUUGGAGUUAUA